AUGGACUCUUUGGGUCUUUUUAUCUUUCUAAUGCUUCUGUGUUUUCAGUGGACAACUGCACCUGCUGCUGAGGAAGUUACCUGGACCUACACCGGCCUGGUGGGUCAAACUGAGUGGUCACAGUAUUUCCCUGACUGCGGUGGUACCUCUCAGUCCCCCGUUGAUGUGGUAACCACCCAGACUAAAUAUGACCCCAGUUUGAUUCCCCUGACCCCACUGGGCUACAGCCAGCACGGCAACAAGCCCUUCACACUCUCCAACAACGGACACACAGCUGUCAUUGAGCUGUCAGACUGGAUGGGACUUGAGGGGCUGCCCUGGCUCUUUACAGCUGUCCAAAUGCACCUCCACUGGGGCAGUGGCGGUCCGAGUCACGGGGGCAGUGAACACACCAUCAACGGACUGAGUGCAGAUGCCGAGCUACAUGUGGUGCACUACAACUCUGAGCUCUACCCCAACAUGUCCACAGCAAUGACGCAGACAAACGGCUUGGCUGUUUUAGGAAUUCUCAUUGUGACAGGUGAGGAGACCAACCCGGCGUUUAACAACAUCCUCAACUACCUGAGCCGCAUCAGACAUGCUGAUCAGAAGGUGUUCAUCCCGGCCUUUGACGUCCAGACUCUGCUCCCGAAGGAUCUGGGACGCUACUAUCGCUACAACGGCUCCCUAACAACGCCGCCCUGCUACCAGAGUGUGAUCUGGACGUUGUUCAAUGAGAGGGUCCAAAUCUCAAAGGCACAGCUGCUGAGGAUGGAGACGAUACUUUAUUCCAGUAAAGCUGAUGAAUCCGACAGGAUGCUGCUGCAGGACAACUACCGUGCGACACAGCCGCUGAACCACAGGGUCGUCUUCGCCUCCUUCACUGCAGAAUCCGGGAAGGAGCUGUCCUCGGGUGAAGUCACAGCUAUAGUAAUAGGAGUGAUGUGUGGCUGUGUAGGUCUGGCAGUUAUCAUCCGCUUCAUUGUGAAGACGAUACGAUUUUUUACACUCCUCCACCGUGAAUCAGUCGUGGUAAACAGCUCUACCUCUAGCUGGGACGUCCUACACAGUAACCGGCCUGCUCCCAUGUCAAGGAUGAAGGAGCCAGAGAAAGAGAAAAAACAAGACAUGGCUCUGAACUCGACCUCUGAAGCAAAAAAUAAAGAAGAGCCCUCACCAUCUCCUCAGACUGAGCCCUAGCUGACGGCGCGGUCCACCUCAGGACUUCAGUCCAGACACUCGUAAAUGCUCUCUUCUUCCUUCUUGCCAACGACUGAUCCAUGUUCCUUGGAGGACAGACAGGAAAAAAAACAUUUUAUACAGUAAACUGGACACAGGACAAAUCACCUGCUGCCCUGAUCAAUUCACUGUUUGCAGUUUUUCCCUCAACCUUAAGUCAGUGAUGUUGGCAGUCUUGGUAUCAGAUUUUGUUUGUUUUUUCAGUACGCACAUGAAGCACUUGGUGUAAAUAUGUCAGUUUGCUGGCUUUGACUCGUAUGCUUGCUCUUGAAAUGCUUGGGAUGCACGAUUGGCUCGUGUAAAUACAUGUAAAUAUACUAUAUUGAUUUUUUUG